CACUUUUGAUUAAGUUUGGGUUUCUAUGAGCACAAUAGCAACUGUGCAAACUUGUGGGUUUUUUUCUGUCAGUUCAAAUGAAUCAGAUUUUUUUUUUGAAGGUUUGAAGGCCUAUAUAAGCCGAGUGAAAUUUAGAACGAACAUUAAGUCGACUUGUGUUCGUAUACCUUCUCGUAACUUUAAAAAAAUGAAAUUCACUUUGGCAUUAUUGGUUGUUGCAGCCGUUUUUGGUUGUGUUUUGAGUUGCAUUCCUGCAGAUUUUGAUAUAUAUAAGAGUGAGUAUAAUAAGGUAUACGAAUCACCAGAGGAAGAAGCUAAACGCUUAGACAUUUGGUGCGCAAACAUCGACAAAAUUAAUGCUCACAAUCAGCUUUAUAAAGAUGGUAAAUCUACUUUUACACAAGGACAAAAUGCAAUGACUGAUUUGACAUAUGAAGAAUUCUCAAAAAGACUUGGUCUUUCGAUGGGUGGUCGACCACUUCCUGGUCUUGCCGGCUUAGCCAGAAAUUAAUGCAUAUAAUAGAGCAAUUAAAUGU